AUGUUCCCGACGGUGAGGCCGGAUGAAGAUCUAUAUGUCGCUAGCUAUGACGGAUCCGCCCGUGUCAAGCGAGGUGGAGACGCCUAUAGUGCGAACCUGUGGAAAUUACCCGAGUGGACAGUGGUGAAGGUCGGAUCCGGCUAUGGCGAAGGCUUAACCGUCAAUGAGGCCGAAUAUCCAAGUGAGAUCAACUGCAAGGCACCUGGACUGACAUUACUGAGACAGAAGGCGUUGGCCAAACUGCGGAUUCUGCCGGAUCAUGAGUUGGUUCAUGUGAAACGAGAUUGGAAUGUAAGUGCAGAUAGUCUGGCUAGUGCUGCACUGCAGCGACAAUGUGGAGUCGAGAUCGAAACCGUUAGGGAGAUCCAGGAUCUGAUCACGUUGAACGGACUGGACGAGAUACUGAUAGUGAAAUUCAAAGGGUCCGACCGUACAGAUCGCGACGGUCACAACUAG